CUAAGCUUCAAGAAAACUGUCCCAUACAUCCUCAAUCUGUCACCUCAGAAUUUCAAGUACGGCGUCUUCAUCCUAAAGCUCUUCGCAGAUAUGCUUGUGUAUGAUUUCAUGAAUCCUGCCUGUAUCACAGGCAUCCUCACCGUUGUUGUACACGGCUUCGACGAUGUCAACCUAGGUGUGGAUUGCAACGACUCCUCUCAGGCGUAUCAAACAGUGUUUGAGGCGAGAGCUCUACCUCUUAUAUUGUCACGACUUGUUUUCCCGCUUUUCGCGUGGCAGCUCAACAACAAUCGCCGACCCUCGUUCGAUUUCGAGCAAGACGUGAAGCACUGGGCACAGCACCUCUGAGGCAAGGAUUUGCUCUUCUUCUCAGUUGUAAUAGUGUUUGUUGUGGCGAUCCCGACGCUGUACCUUCCAAAGCUCAAUUGCGUUGUCUUCAUCCACGAUAGCGGCUAGUGGUAGUGGGCAGAGGUGUUGGUCGCUAUGAUGGGCUAUACGGCUGGUGCUGAGCUGUGGAAGUAGACGAUGC